GCUCACCGGACGUGACGACAUUGCAUUUUUAACUUUUAAGCCAUUUAAACUUAAUUUCGCAAUUUCUUGGAGCUCCAGCUCAAUGGUGGGCGUCCACACUUUGUGUUUCUGGGGCAGUUUAUGCCUGAAUGAAGUUGUUGGAGGUAACAGAGGACGGGCUUGAGCUCCCAUCCCGUGAUCCUCUCGGUUCUUGGCAUCUUGCGGAGCAGUUGAGCGGCAGUCAGGAGCAGUUAGCUGUCCGUUAGCUCAGCACCGUUGCGGGGGAAAUAAGCUGCUUUCUAUCAGCUGCCUGCCAGAGACGGAGCGGCUCUCACGAAGAGAGACAAACGUUCCGGAGAAACUUUGAGAAUCUCUCCCUUUUUGUCUCUUGGUGGAUUGUUUGUUAAUUUUUGAAACCGUGGCUGAGGUUGUUUACAUCGCGAUGGCGCAUAUGCUUCCACAGAGGCAGGGAAAACUAGCCCACAGCAGCUAUCUUGGCUAAUUGGUGAGAAAUACUUGAACUGCUGAGAGGCUGGUUCCGCCUCAGACUAAAGUACCGGUGGCUAUUGCUCACACAGAAGUUUGACAAAGGCCUUUUUACUACUCCGCUGCCCGGAUAUAAGGGAGGCCGAUCCAAUUUUUCGGGGUCCGGCCUUGGGGUUUUUACACUUUUACUAAACAGCAGAUAGAAGGAUGAACUCUGGGGAAAUGUGCUGUGACGGUACGUGUCUUUAUCCCAUCGCUCAGCAGUGAACUGCUUCGCAACACGUUGGUGCGGUACUUCGUUUCCUCUGGGCAGCCAGAAACGCUAACAAUGUCGAAAAUAACAGGAAAGAAGAAGAGUUGCUUCGAGAUUACGAGUGUAACUCAGGCUGAGGUGGACGGCAGCAAGCGGGUGGACGAUCCGGAGGAACCCGGGACUGAGCUCAGGUCUUCGGAGAUAUUUGAUCGGGUCGAUGCGGGGGUGUGCGACCGGAGCUCAUCAGAGGAAACUUUGAACAACGUCGGGGAGUGUCAGGAGGGCCAGCUGCCUAUUACAAGUCCCGUCAAGGGUGGGAUCUCAAUUAAAUCGACAUCCAGUGGUCGUAAUACCCCGCACAAUGUAGGGGGGACUGUGCCUUUUGUUCCCAGCUCCAAUAUGGUAACCAUUGCUCCCACUGUUAUUACCAAUAUGACCCACACAGUUCCUAGCAGCAGUUCUAGUUCUCGAUUUAGGGUAAUUAAACUAGAUCAUAGUAAUGGAGAGCCCUUCAGACGGGGCAGGUGGACUUGUACUGAGUUCUAUGAUAGAGAAUCCGAUUCAGGAGUUCAUCGGACUGUGGACAGCUUAAAGUCCUCUCCAUCCCUUGAUCAAAGUGUGGACAGAGACAGUGGGUUAGGUGCUACUUGCAAUUCUAUUGUCGGUAGCAGUGCUUUUCUUGCACAGGCCCCGGAGAACCACACAGAUAGUGGCUACUCUGUUUCCACUGGACACCACACCCGCUCUCAAGCUUCCGAGUCCCUGCAACAGGGCUACGGUUUGUCUCCUCAGAUUGAGAGUGGAGCAAGUGCCUUCCAGCCCACAGGGUAUGCAGCCACAGCAUCACAGCAGACCAACCAGGCUCAGGUCAACCCCCAGACCUUCUUACCUGACAGCCUCAAUGGUGGGCACCAUGGUGCCAUUAUAACUCCUGCUUCACAUCCACAGCAGUUUGUCUAUUCUCCUCUUGUCAGUCAGCAACACUUUGGGUCAAGCACCCAGAACAUUACUAUGACAUCCUCUUCCAUAGGUUCCACCAGUCAGGUAUCAUCACCUCAGUUUACCCUUUCAAGUCCAGGAGCACAAGGGCUGGGGGGAGAUGCGGGGUCAACCCCGGGCUUCAUGCAACAGAUGGGCAAUGCAUCAGUCAUGCCCCUCCUCAUUUCAGGGAGCACACAACAGCAGCCUUCAGGUGGACCGGGCAGCGUCCCUGCACCCUCCGCAACCGCCCUCUCUAUCCACAGCGUUGGCCAGAACGUGCCUGCCACAGUGCCAAGUACAACCAGCAUGCCUACGGGUGUGUCGAGUCAGGCAGCAGAACUCAUCCAGCUUCAGGGAGCAUACGGAGGAGUCAUUAACCCGGCAGAGGACGGUAGGCAGGUGGGCGAAGCCCUGUCUAUGCAAAGCGUCGGUGCGGGGCCAGCGAAUGACUACGUAAAGUCUCCCAUCGGCGAGGGUCUCAGCUUGUCCAGUCCUUCUGUCAACAGCUUUUUUGGCAUCCAGAUUACAAUGAAUGAGGAUGGAGACGGUGUGUCUGGUGCCAGUGUGGUGGCCAUCGAUAACAAGAUUGAGCAGGCCAUGGACUUGGUGAAGAGCCACCUGAUGUACGCUGUCCGUGAAGAGGUGGAGGUGCUGAAGGAGCAGAUCAAGGAGCUGUACGAGAGAAACUCUGUGCUGGAGCGUGAGAACGCCGUGCUGAAGUCUCUGGCUAACACGCAGCAGCUCAGCCAGCUGUCCAGCUGCCUUUCGCCGCCGCUGCAGCUGCACCAGCCCCCGUUCAUCAAAAACAGCGCCCACUCUCUGGUCCACCACGAGGGGAGCCAGGGCGUCUCCUAUCAGCCAAACAUCACUUCGGCGUGAACUCCCCCCUCCUUUCCCCCCUUCCCCCCUUUAAACACAUGUUUAAAGACAUACCUCCCACGGACAGGAGCAGAAUGUCCUCGUUGGGGAGAAAACAUCAAACUGUCCUCUUAGCCCUGAAAGCAAAAGGCAUGGCUCUGCUCAGUGGGUUAGAAUGCAUCGUAGCCAACGCAGGGCCUUCACACUAAGACAUUUACCAACACUUGUCUUAUCGUGCCCUGUGAUUGGCUGCAUGCGAGCUGUAAAACCGAAUGUUGUCCUUGUGCAGGAGACUGUGGCGGGGGGCUUCACGAGCUCAGUGAGCUUAAGUUGUGCUGGAAGACCGUGUUGGCGACAGGGGUCCUGCGAGAAAACAUCCGACCCAAACUGUCCUCCAAGUGUCCACAUCCCCACAUCACUCCAGAGGAAGAGGAGGCCAGACUGCAGACAUGGCGCCGGUCGGAAUGAGCGGAGAAAGAAAAAGUCCUCGUUGAGCGGAGGAGGACAGGAUCGGUUGUCUCUGCUCGACUAGAGCGAGACGAGAGCCUACGCUCAUUUUAAAAAAAAAUUUGAAAAUAUAUACAUAUGCUGCAUUGAAUGCUUGUUUUCUUGGAGCAACCGUACUUUGCCAUGAAUCGUAAUAAAUACUCAUCAGUAGUUCAGUUUUAGCAAAUUUUUUUUUUCAUUUAUUUAUUUCAGGGCUGCUAUUUUUAUAAUGUAAAAUGAACAAUGUCAUGAAGUUACAGAAUCAAAACACCUUUCUUCAGUUUUUUUGUUUUUGGUAUUUUAACACCUGUCAGAUAUAAUAGUUACUUGUUUUUCCAACAUGAAUAAGUAGGCAAUAAGUUCCUUGCUUGAAAUUGUUCUCAUGAAAUGGUGGUAACACUAAAGGUGAGCUUUUAUGAGGUGAAAUCCAGGUUGAAUGUAUAUUUUGCAAAGUAUUAAAGAGCGUGGAGGGUUUGUACAAUAUCUGUUAAGAUAUAGCAUAUGUGAUGGGAUGUUUCAAUAAAGAAAACUAUUAAUUUACUUUUUCUAGGCUUUUUUUUUUUUUUUGGUCAAAGCAAAAACAGAAAUUAAUUUUGGGGUUUUUUUUUUUUUUGAGGGGAGAGAUGAAACUGUGAAAAUUGUUCAACCUACUUUAUAACCAAAGACUCAAACUGUGUUAAGUCAUUAUUUUCAUUCUUAUUAAAUGCACGUUAUUUUUUUCUAACUCUCCUUCCCUGUAUGUUUUGUUGCUGUUUUGCAUCUUCUACGUGAUCUGUAAUCAGACCACCUUCUGACCUCCACGUUUGGUUUAAAUCCAGCUCUCAUAUUUUCUGUCAAGUAUGUGAAUGAUCGUAAGAUGAUUUGUGAUGAAUGGAACUGUGAGCAGGCGGGGUGGAGUAAAUAAGUGGUUGAAGCAAAAGGGUUAUGGUGGUAAAACAAAAGGUUGGAGACGUAUUUUACUUGAGGAUGAGGGAGGAACCAUCUUUAUUGUUCUCGUAUUGUUAAAUCUGAUAUGCAGAAGAAAGCUGUUGUUGCGUUGGAGAUUUGCAACACUGCUUAGAAAGACAGGAGCAAGAACCGCAGAACCUGUUUAAACAUCUCACACUUAUUACGGGAUGUUCUGUUCGUUUUGCGUCUCUGUGCCUCCCGGGCCGAUGCCUGCAGUUGACGGGCCGUUCUGUCCAUUUCUUUGUGGCCUAGAACCGAACCAAACCAAACUGCUUGAUGUUUGUACAAUCAGACAUAGUUUUGUUUUGAAUCCCCCCCCCCCCCCCCCCCCCCCCCUUACUUUUUUUUUGUUCAUUUGAAGGAGAGGCUGUGUACAUGCCAAAUGUACUGUAUGAAAGUGAUCAUUGAGCCUUGGAGAAAAUGUCAAAACAAAUUCCCUUGCAAUGUGCUGUUAAAGACUAUUCUAGUUUUCAUUCAGAAAUAAAUGACUUGUUUUUAUCA